AGCAGCGCGAUCAGUUCAACUCGCAAUGGGCAUAUAAUAGCUGGUGAACUUAUUCAACCGGAAAUGGCUUGGCUUACCGAUAGAUCCGCCGGACAGAAGACCUGGAAAAUUUGCAUUAUUUGUGGCAUAUUUCUGCUAAUUCUUGUCUAUAGUUUCACAACUUCACCAACGCUGAGUUCUCUGAGGCCAGAUAUGAUUGACACCCCAUACGAUGAUUAUAUUGCAUGCACAGAGAAAAAUUCAUUUAAUGGGGGCAAUAUUUUUUCGACUGCACCGCAGCUAAGAACUUUACAAAAUUCCUCCGAAAUGUUGGGUCCCAACAUCUUGGAUAACUAUUUUGUGUAUACCUCACGAUGUCGUAUGCCCGCUAUAAAUCCAUUUGCAAAAGAUGCGCUGAGAAUAUUUGAAAAUUCAACCUAUUCCCCUUGCGAUAAAUCAAAGGCUCUAAUAUCUGUGAGUUACAAUGAGACGGAUCGACGAUAUAAGCUACACAUGAAUAUGGCAGACAUCAGAUGCUGCUAUAAAAAGAUUCUGCGCGGCGGAAAUGGUGCGGAGGCGGACAACCAGUUCAAAUUGUGGUCAUGUAAAUAUUUCCAACAGGACUUUGUCCUGCCUCAGGAUAUGGAUGCCAUUAUCACCGAGUGUCGUCGCCUGAAGGACAAAAAGCUGCUGCAACAGGACGCCUUUAGCUUUGUGCAACCAGCCAAACAUGUGGCCAAUCGAACAGCCCCAAUUGCCUUAAAUAUAAGUCACUCAACGCCAACAGAAAGCAGGCCAAGUGUCCUGCUUUGGGGCAUUGAUUCCAUGUCGAGAAUGAACUUCCAGCGGACUAUGCCUCAGAUGCACAAAUUUUUGCGAGGAGAGAAUUGGCACGAGCUGCGGGGAUACAACAAGAUGGGAGACAACACAUUUCCCAACCUAAUGGCGAUUCUGACAGGAUUCAAUAACUCCCGCUCCAUGUCUGUUUGCCGGCCAAAGGCUGUCGCUGGCAUGGAUGCUUGUCCUUUACUUUGGAAGGAUUACAAGCAGCUGGGAUAUAUUACAGCCUACGCCGAAGACUGGGGGCGUUUUGCGACCUUCAACUACAAUAAGAAGGGUUUCGUCAAACCACCAACAGAUUACUAUCCACGACCUCUGGUGCUGGCCAUCGAGAAGGAACUCAAGAAGGCAUUGGUAUCCAAUGUUCCUUACUGCGUUGGUCGUCGACAUUAUGCGGAGUAUAUCUACGAUUAUGCAAUACAAUUUAAGAAAGUAUACAAAAAUCAGUCCACCUUUGGCAUGUUCUGGACAAACUCGUUCAGUCAUAAUAAUUUUUCCUUGCCCUCCUCCAUGGACGUUAAGAUGCUGGAAUAUAUGCACUCAUUGCAAAGAGUUGGCAUCUUUGAAAGGUCCAUUGUGAUAUUUUUCAGUGAUCACGGCAUGCGGUUUGGUCCACUGCGUAACCUCCAUAGUGGGUUUCUGGAGGAGCGAAUGCCAAUAUUUUAUAUAUGGCUUCCAAAGUGGUUUAGGGCAAAAUAUCCAGAGUUUGUGCAUAAUUUACAGCUAAACAGGAAUCGUUUAACUUCCCCAUACGACAUCCACGCCACAUUGAAGCAUAUUUUGCAGCUGGAGACACCGCUGGCGGAAUUACCACGACCCGAAGCAUGCCCCACUUGCCAUAGCAUCUUCUAUGAAGUCGCUGAAUCGAGAGAUUGCUCAGAUGCGGGUAUUGAAGACCACUGGUGUACCUGCCACACGUUAAAAAAUAGUUCCCGGAGUGAGAUUCACAUAAAGGAAAUCGCACAGCAGCUUAUUGCUGCCACCAAUGCCUAUCUGCAGGCCAACAACUUGACGGAUAUUUGCCAGACCCUUAGUCUUUCGAAUAUCGAGUCGGUGCAGAGGAAAAUAUCUGUGGAGCCAAAGGAAUUUGAGUCUUACCUGGUCAGGUAUGAAGCAAAGCCAGAGAAUGCUCUCUUUGAGGCUUCGACGGACUGGGACAAAAAGUCGCAGCUAAUUUCAAUAAACGUAUCUGACAUAAGUCGCUUGGACGCCUACAGUGAACUAUCCAAGUGCGUAGACGAUAGUAUAGCAAAAAAGUUUUGCAUUUGUUUUGAUUUGCCAGAGCCCAAACGAUAAAGAAAUAUUUUUC